GGAAGGAUGAGCUCCUAUGCUGACAUCUGCGGGUCCAAGCACGCGCAGGGCAGCACCGAAGGAGGGUACCAACGCUAUGGAGUUCGGUCCUACCUACAUCAGUUUUAUGAGGACUGCACGGCUUCAAUUUGGGAGUAUGAGGAUGAUUUUCAGAUCCAGAGAUCGCCUAGCAGGUGGAGCUCUGCUUUCUGGAAGGUCGGACUCAUCUCUGGAACGGCUUUCAUGUUGAUAGGCUUAACGGUUCUUGUAGUGGGUUUUCUUGUGCCACCAAAAAUCGAAGCUCUUGGGAAAGAUGAUUUUAUUGUGGUGGAUACGCGUGCCAUUCAGUUUAACGGGUCCCUUGAUAUAUGCAAGCUGGCAGGAGCAAUCUUGUUUUGCAUUGGAGGGUCCACUGUGGCAGCGUGUCUGCUGAUGUCCGCUUUUGCUCAAAGUUACUCCAAAGAAGAAAAGUACCUCCAGCAAAGAUUUAAAGAGAGAAUAGCUGAUAUAAAAGCCCAUGCAAACCCAGUCACAAAAGCGCCAGCACCAGGAGAAUCAAAGAUACCUGUCACUUUGUCCAAAGUUCAAAAUGUACAACCUCUAUCUGAAACCUGACCCUUCCCUUAGGUUUUGUUUCCCACUUGUAGAUUACUUUUAACUGGAAAAUAUCAGCUGUUGUUGGCGUACGUGCUAGUCAAUCCAACAUGGAGUGCUCUGCUGUACAAACACACAGCUGAUGGGGAAGCUGCUCCAACACAAAUUUAGGAUUGGGAAUAGGGAAAUUAUGUGAUUAGACCUGUGACCAAUAUAUUCAGUGUAUUCAAACAUUUUAACCUGUGUUGAACCAAUGAGUCCUUGCAGUAACCAUUAGGUGUUUAGCUAUCAGAUUGCAUCCC